GCAAAAUACUUGUCAUGUUUGUUAUAAUGACUGUUGUUAUCUUGUACCACAUAAAAUAAUUAAAGUACUUGUUAGUUUGUCUCUCUGAAAUUAUUUUAAAUAAAAGAGCACCUUUUAGAUUCUUCUGAAAGUCAGUAAUAUCAAAACAUUUUGGCAUUUCUCCCUUUUUUCUUUUCUUCUUAGUGAAUUGCUCAUUGAAUGGAAUAGGAAUCUUUACUGGCUAUAUGAAUGUUAUAGAAUUUUUCACUCAUAGAGAUUUACAAUGGAUUUAGAAAAGCACCGUAUUAUUAAGGCUCCUCCUACUAUCUACUACAUUCCAGAUUUUAUAAAUGCAGUAGAAGAAACCUGGAUAUUAGAUAAAGUAUAUACUGCUCCUAUACCUAAAUGGACCCAAUUGUUGAAUCGGAGACUUCAAAACUGGGGAGGACUUCCAAUUCCUAAUGGAAUGAUUGUUGAACCUAUACCAAGUUGGCUGAAAACGUUCAUGGAUAAAGUCAGUGAUUUGAAGGUAUUCAAUGAUGGACAACUGAGAGCGAACCAUGUGCUUAUUAAUGAAUAUCUUUCUGGUCAAGGAAUUAUGGAAAAGACUGAUGACAACAAGAUAUCUAUAUUUCUACAACGAAGAAGUCUCAUUAUCGUUAAAGAUUCUAUGUACACCGAUUACAAACACACAAUCAGAGAGUCGAAAGAAGAUGAGAUAGAUGAAAAUGUUGUGAAUGCUCAAUUGUCUCAAUUAAGUGUUGGUGAUAAAUUACAAAGAGAAACAAGAAUAUCACUUACUAUUCGGCAUGUACCAAAAAUCAGCAAAAUAAAGUUGAAAUUUGGAAAAUAA